AUGGACGGCGUCUCCGCUGCCAGCAGUAUUGCUGGUCUUGUCACCCUGGCACUGCAGAUCAGCGCCACAAUAUCAAUCUACGUCAAUUCUAUCAAGGAACGCUCCACUACGAUCAGGGAAUUCCAUGAUGAACUACUUCUGUUGGGUGAAGUUCUUAGUGGACUGCGAGAUUUUCUGGAGAGCGAAAAGGUCAAGGGUCGGGCUCUCGACACUCAGUCGGUUCUGUCAAACGCUAUCAGAGACUGCCGGCAACGGAUGGAGCGCAUUGGCGACAGACUGAAACCCUCGGAUGGUGGAAAAAUCGCCCGUGCUAUUGACCAUUUGAGGUGGCCUUUUGAGCAGAGGGAGGUCAUGCAGAUGGUGGAAAACCUCCGACGAUAUACCCAGACCUUUCAGUUCGCUUUCACCAUCGAAGGAUUCAACUUGUUGUCCAAGACGUCCGAGGAUGCUACAAAAGGACUGCAAGAAAUGCUCCUAAUAUCGAAGAAGAUGAGCGAACUGUCGGCUCAGAUGGGUCGGUCUGCGGAUGAGUCUUCCAAACUUGCAGUUCAACUCGAAGGAAUCAUUGCCCUUGUUCCACUCCUCGCGAGAACAGCCACCGAUGUCAAUGAAAUAUCUCAAGCCACGCGACUGGCUGAAUUGAGGGAGCAAGAGAGGCGAACCACCGAUAUCUUGGACUGGCUGGCUCCUCUUUCCUCGCUUCACAAACAUCGGGAUCUGCAAGUGCGACGAGCCGCAGGCACGGGCCGAUGGUUUCUUGAACAUCCAGACUUCUCUCACUGGGUUGACCACAAUUCCAACCACGACCUCCUCUGCGUUGGCGGCCCUGGUGCUGGCAAGUCUGUCCUAUGCUCUCAUGUUGUCGACUAUCUGCGUGCCAAAUUCAAAGAUCACGACGUCGCCAUAGCUUUCUACUACUACGACUACUCAGACCAACAGUCACAGAGUCCUUCCAGCUUUGCACGGUCGCUUUUGCGCCAGCUCAGUUCCCACAGCGAAAUUGUCCCUUCCGCUGUUGCCGAAUUUUAUCAACGCACUAGGAAUGCUGUCAAAGACCAAACCUGGUUCCAUGACUUACUGACCAUUCUCCGUCGCGUGGUGGCAACGUUUCGCCAUUGUUUUAUCAUAGUCGAUGCUCUUGACGAGGCCGAUGUCCAAACCCAGCGUACAGGCUUUUUCGAGGUCAUUGAUGCCAUAAGAAAUUCUCCUGGCGGCACAGUCAAAGUGCUAGCCACUUUGAGGCCCCAUGUUCUUGAUCUCGUGUCCAAAUUUCACGAGCCUUCAAUGAUCGAUAUCCUAGCAAACCCUGGGGACAUUCGGCAGUUUCUUGUGCAGACGAUAAAGGAGCAGCCAGAGUCGGAAUAUUUGAUGGAUGACAAACUCAAGGAACAUGUCCUGAAUACCUUAUGCACCAACGCAAAUGGCAUGUUCUUGCUGCCCGCUCUCCAGAUAAAGACAAUUCUAGAUCAGAUCACCAGGGCAGAUGUCAAGCGAGCAUUACUCCAUCUCUCCACUGACUUGACUCAUGCCUUCCAAUCAACCAUCCAGCGAAUCGCCACCCUGCCCGAUGCAAGACGCGACCUAGCCUUCAGAACGCUAAUGUGGGUAUCUCACGCCAGGAGGCCGAUGACUGUACAGGAGUUGCAGCAUGCCAUGGCACUGCGACCUGAGGAUUGUGAUCUCGACAGUGACAAUUUCCCCUCUGUGAAGACGCUUAUAGAUUGCUGUUGCGGGCUGGUCGAAGUGGACUAUGAAAGUUCGAUUAUACGUUUGGUCCAUCACUCGCUCGAGGAGUAUCUCCGUGACCACAACCACGGUCUUUUCACCGAUGCCAACCUCGUCAUCACCAAGACGUGCCUUCAAUACAUGAUGCUGGAUUCGAUGAGAAACUUACCAUACAAGAACCGAGAAGAUUUCGGGACGGCACUGGAGGAUUUCGCGUUUCUGCGGUACGCGGUGCUCGAAUGGGGCCACCAUGCACACAGUGUGCCCGCCGAAGAGAUUAAAGACUUGGCCCUUCCACUGCUUUCCGACAGUGACUGCUUGAUUACCAUCGCUCGAGUCCGGGAUUUUCAGUCUCCGGAGAUUCGGAAGUGGGACAACAAGGCCUGGACGUGGGCUUCUUCUGGUGGUGCUGGGAUCUCAUUAGCAGCAGGAUUCGGACUCGCCGAGCUUCUGAGAAUCCUGAUUGCAGAAAAUCAAUACAACCUGCGUCUUGACGCGCGUAACCUGUACGGAAGCACAGCACUGCACGAGGCAGCUUUGCACGGCCAUCAGGAGGUAGCGGAGAUUCUGAUUGAGAACGGCGCCAAUCUGCUGGACACGCUCUACGGUCAGAGCACUCCAUUAUACCUUGCGGUUUCCUACGGUCAGCUUGAGAUGGUCAAACUACUGCUCCGGUACGGACGUGACCAGCUCGACUGCGCCGGCCCGAAGGGUUUUACAGCUUUGCACAAGGCUGUGGAGCAAGGAGACGAAGGAAUGGUCACCACACUUCUCCAAGCAGGCGCAUUGGUGGGCACCACUGACAACCAAGGGGCAACUGCUCUACACGUUGCUGCUCUUCGUGGCUUGCUCUCUAUCGCCGAGUUGCUGGUGCGUUCCGGCGCAGUCGUCCAUAUUCGGGACAAGGAACGCCUCUGUCCUCUGGACUAUGCCGCCACAGGGGGCUUCACUGACAUGGUUGCUUUUCUCCUCGAGAACGGGGGAAGCAUGUUCCACAAGGGCCGGGAACUAUGGACUCCUCUCCACCGCGCCGCUCGAGGCGGGCACACCGAGACUGUUGCAUUCUUUCUGCAGCGAGAUGCGGACGUAUUGGCUACCGAUUUCAAGGGCAACAUCCCUUUACAUCUUGCAGUCCGGUCGGGCAACAUCGAAACCGUAACGACGCUCCUGGAGGGGCAAAAUACCACCAAUAAUUCAGACCUCAAACGGGCACAACUCUUCGCCCAAGACCGCAAAGGCUCAACCCCUCGAGUCGUCGCCUUCUUUACCGCCCACUUCGAUAUCCACAAGUUCCUCCGAGCAGCAGAGUGGCAAGUUCAGGGGGUUACUUCGCCCAGUGGCAGUGCCGCAAAUCAACUCACCACUGCGAUCGAGAAGGGCGAUCUAGCCACAGUCCGCGCCCAUUUGGACAAGAACCCGGACUCUUUGACAAGCCUCGACGAGGAGGGCCAACCACCCUUUCACGUCGCUUUGCAAGAGAAUCAGAAAGAGAUCGUCGAGUUCCUCCUUUCGCGCGGGGCGUCCGUGGAGGCGGAGGGCUACCACGGCUGGCGCGCGCUACACAUUGCCGCCUCGCUGGGCAACCUGGAGCUGGUCAAUCUGUGCCUCACACACGGCGCACUGGUCAACACUGUCACAAACACGAGACAAACACCACUGCACAAAGCCGCCAGUUCGGGAUCUGUGGCCGUGGUCCGCCGCUUGUUAUCCGCGGGAGCGGACCCAGUGGCCACAAAUGAAAGGGGCAUGACGGCUUUGCAUAUUGCCGCGCAUCAGAACGACAUAAGCAUCGUGCGCUUGCUCGUUGGCUACCACAACGUGGAUGUCCUGGCCCGCGAUCGCCAGGGCAUGACGGCGGCAAUGUGGGCUGAGAGGUCGGCGCACCUCGAUGUCUGGGCCUUUUUAAGGGCUGAAGAGCGUAAGUUCAAGAACCUGAAGAGCUCGGCCUCAAGGAAACGGACCUCGAGCAGCGCCGUGGCCAUCGAGAACUUUGAGGAUAGCGAGGCCGCGCCGCUGCCGACAACAAGACCAUCGAAUGAGAAUGCAGAGAGUCUCGGACUCGACCUCAAGGAGGUCCGGGGCGGUCCGGCCGAUGCUGAUGGACUUACUCCCUACGGCGACUUAGGAGAUGAAACCCAUCUCGACGAAGACGGGCGCAUUCCAGCAGGAUCUCGAAGGAAAUCUAUCAGCAGGUCUCCUGCGAUGUAA